UAAGGUUGGAAAAGGAAGGCACCUCGAUUUUGCCGCUGGCGCGCUUCACUGGUUUCUGAGAGCCAACGGCUUGAUACUGAUCACUCAGGCUUUUGUUCUCAUCACCGGAGAGUGCUUCAGGGACUUGGGAACAGAGACCCUGGUAACAUUAGCGUAAUUUAAUUGACUAUGGCUGUAAAUGAACAUACCGAACGAGAAUAUGUGCCUCAGAAAGAGAAGCAAUCUUCAGAGGAAGAGAAGAGGAAGAAGAAAAUUGUACCUGGGAGUUUGAUGAAAGCUGUAGUGAGGCCUGGAGGGGGUGACUUGACGCCUUCAGAUGGUGAUCAGAUCGUAUAUCAUUGCACAAUUCGAACUUUAGAUGGAGUAGUUGUGCAAUCCACCCGAUCAGAAUGCGGAGGGAAGGGUGCCCCGAUGAGAGAUGUAUUGGGCAAAAGCAAGAUGUUAUUGGGUUUGUUAGAAGGAAUUCCAACAAUGUUGAAGGGUGAAGUAGCAAUGUUCAAGAUGAAACCUCAGUUGCAUUAUGGUGAGGAUGAUUGUCCUAUUUCUGCUCCUGAUGGGUUUCCAAAGGAAGACGAACUUCAUUUUGAAAUUGAGCUGAUAGAUUUUUUCAAAGCCAAGGUUGUUACUGAUGACUUGGGAGUUAUAAAAAAGGUGAUAUGUGAAGGACAGGGUUGGGAAUCUCCACGAGAACCUUAUGAAGUGAAAGCUUGGAUAUCAGCAAAGACAGUUGCGGGGAAGUUGAUUGUGUCCCACACAGAAGGAGAACCUUAUUUCUUUACUUUUGGAAAAUCAGAGGUACCUAAAGGUCUUGAAAUGGGAAUAGGAACAAUGACACGGGAAGAGAAGGCUGUAAUAUUUGUUCGUAGUCAGUACCUAACUCAGUCUCCUUUGAUGCCACUGAAUGAAGACUAUGAAGAAGUUGAGUUUGAAGUAGAGCUUGUCCACUUUAUUCAAGUUAGAGACAUGCUUGGAGAUGGCCGCCUAAUAAAACGGCGUAUUCGUGAUGGGAAAGGUGAUUUUCCAAUGGACUGCCCUCUUCAUGACAGUCUACUUCGUGUUCAUUACAAGGGUAUGGUUCUUGAUGAAGAAAAGAGGGUAUUCUAUGACACAAGAGUCGAUAAUGAUGGUCAACCACUGGAGUUCUGUUCUGGAGAAGGGCUUGUGCCAGAGGGGUUUGAAAUGUGUGUACGUCUGAUGCUGCCUGGAGAGGUGGCUCUCGUCACUUGCCCCCCAGACUUUGCUUAUGAUAAGUUUCCUAGGCCGGCAAAUGUUCCUGAGGGUGCUAAUAUUCAAUGGGAAAUUGAGCUUCUUGGUUUUGAAAUGCCAAAGGACUGGACUGGAUUUGACUUCAAAAGUAUAAUGGAUGAUGCUGAAAAGAUCAGAAACACGGGUAACAGGCUGUUCAAAGAAGGAAAAUAUGAACUUGCCAAGGCAAAGUAUGAAAAGUUACUUCGAGAAUUUAAUCAUGUCAAUCCACAAGAUGAUGAGGAAGGAAAAGUAUUUUCAGAUACGCGUAAUAUGUUACACCUGAAUGUGGCUGCUUGCUAUCUGAAACUGGGAGAAAUUAGAAAGUCCAUUGAAUUUUGCAAUAAGGUUCUGGAUGCAAACCCUGCGCAUGUCAAGGGUCUUUACCGUCGUGGAAUGGCCUACAUGGCAGCUGGAGAUUUUGAAGAAGCAAAGAAUGAUUUCAACAUGAUGCUGAAAGUUGACAAGUCAACCGAACCUGAUGCAACAGCAGCUCUUCUUAAACUGCAGCAGAAGGAGCAGGAAGCUGAGAAGAAAGCUCGAAAGCAAUUUAAAGGCCUUUUUGACAAGAAACCUGGAGAAAUCGCUGAAGUCGCUGUCGAAGAGGAUAAAGAUCCGAAGACAAGUAAAAGCAAGGAGGAGGAUGAAGGACGUGGAGAUUCUGAUGGGAGGAGCUCAUCUGAGGAUUCGCAUGAAGUUGCACCUGAUGAUGUCCCUCAAAGGGGGUGGUUCUCUCGCUUUUGGCCAAGCAGAUUAUUACCAUCCUUUUGGAUUCGACGAUGUACCAUUCUGUGAUCCGAUCAUUUUACCAAUUCUCUUGAAAAGAGGCAUUUCAACACACUGGAGUCUUAUCUGGUAAAAAAAAAAAAAAACACUGGAGUUUUAGAGAAAAAUGAGUAAAAGCAUUUGUAGCAUUGAUGUUAGUUUGUUAAUCGGGUCCUUGUAGUUUCAGGUGAUUGGUACAUGAGAGAGAAAUUAUAGAGAUAUGACUGAAAAUCAAAUGAAACUAUAGAAACUUACAUAUCAAUUUUUCCUUUAUACUUU